AUCCUCAGUUUCUGCAGAAGAACAACAAAAAUGGCGUUUUUGGGUAUAACAAAACUGCCAUGGCUGCCUCUGAUCUCGCUGGACUCCAGCCGGUUUUCAAAGCCUAUCCAUUGCACUACUCUUCAACAACAGGCUAUAAAUACGGGGAUCGAAUGUGAACCUUGUGACGGGAGAGGAUGGUUGGUUUGUGAUUUUUGUAAAGGUCAAAAGACGAAUGUCAAAUCUGAAACCAAUCGCAUCUACCGCAGAUGUCCGUCUUGCAGAGCUGUUGGGUAUGUGCUAUGUUCCAAGUGCAAAGUUUUCAAAUGUGUUACUUAUCCCGAUCAAAAUGAUGUCGAAUUCUGAAGUCGUUCUCCAACUCAAAUGGGCUCGUUUCUACUUGUUUUCUUUUGUAAGAUUACACUUUGGCCUAAAUUUUUUGUACCCAACCCGUUUCUAACAAGUUGUGACAAGAUUUGAUCUGUAAACUGUCGAGACGAUUGGAAAGAUCGUUAAAGGUUGAAUGGUUGUUGUUGUAAUAAACAACUCCUUAUGUGAAGCUAUACGACUAACCCCGUUGAUUGUCU